UUGUUUUUGUAUUGUUUAUUUACUGUUGAAUUUUGUGUAUGCAUAUUUACAUCUUCUAUAAUUUUUGUGGUUGUAUGUGGGUUCAUUAUAAGGAUUAUUCUUAUUUUCAAAUGAAUGUUACUGCGCAACUUGCUUAUGCUUUCAUCUAACUAUGGAAUGAAGACCCAUAUGAUUUAGUUUUGGUGGGUUUUUAUUGAGAAGGCGAAUUUUUAGCCAUAAUGACUCUUGAACUUAGAAGAAGAGAACUUUUUUGAAUGUAUUGUUUCUGAGCAUAGACAAAGCUUUCUCUUUUCUUUGAUUUUUCUUUUUCAACCUUUUGGGUGGGAAGUAUGAGUUUUUGCAGCUUUCUGCUGUUUGAGUUAGCCAUUUCUUGAAGUUGAUGACUAAUAUCUUUGGUAAAUCACUUACAUUUUCACUAUUGGGAAGCACAUGUAAACGGUAAAAAAUAUUUAGAUGAUUCUUGCAUUAGGAAGUUGGAUGACCAAAAUUUGGAAUUUUUAAACCAUUAUUAGCGAAUAGAUCGUCAAACUUUUCAAGACACAAGGCAGAAAUUCAAGAUGAAAUUAAAAGAAAUAGGAAUGGAAGAAGGUUAACCUCCUUACUGCUGCCCCUUAAGGAGAUGUGCUAAACAGAGUGAUUGAUGACUAUGCAGAAGGUGGAUUGUUAUCCUCUAUGUGUCCCUACUAAAGGUGAAAGGGUUAUCAGCUAAUGGGGUUAUGUUGCAUAAACUAAUUUCCCAAUCUUUCCAUUGGUUGGUUGAAACAAUCUCAUGUCGACAUUACUUUGAGAUUUAUAUUUGUGUUUAUGGUAUAGUUAGGAAUCUCAAGGUUUGCGUUCCAGGUAUUAAGGAAGUACCAGAAGAAGAAAAGAGCAAGAUGGUUGGGAAUGUCUUUACCAGUGUUGCUUCAAACUAUGAUCUCAUGAAUGAUCUAAUGAGUUGUGGACUGCAUCGUUUGUGGAAGGACAAAUUGGUUUCGAAGUUGAAUCCAUUUCCGGGAAUGAAGCAUCUUGAUGUGGCUGGUGGAACAGGUAGUGGGAGAUUUCUUAUGUGGCUUGCUAAAAGAAAUUCUUCAUCCAAGAAUUUUCUGGGAUUGGAAAUUCGGCCUAAGGUCUUUAUACAAUCAGAUGUGCUCGACGUGGCAGUUGACAUGAGGAAUUAUUUUGAUGUGUCUGAUAAACUUAUGCAUAUAGAUAGUGUUGAUCCAAGUUUACCUUGUGAUAGUGAUGGAUGGGUAUUGAACAACCCAAUGGGGAUAAGGACCGAGAGGGAGAUCCAUGCAGAAUUUGAAGGUUGCAAAAUCUACAGAAGGGUUUACCAAAAAGUUCAUUAAUUUUCUGGUUCAUAACUUGCUGUUGGGGAGUAUGGGUCACACAGUUUUGCUCU